AUGCUCACGCAGAACUUUGAAAUAACAGGAAAGGAGGACAUCUACAGCGUUGUUCCCUGCCCUGCUUUUCUACUUUUGGAUUCCGUUGCGUACCUGGCUGACAUGACCUUUGAAGUACCCUGCAAUUGCAAACCAGAUAAUGUACACUCCGUGGUGUGGUACUACCAAAGAAACUUAGGUGGAAAGGACACGUACAUUCUUACAAGCAUUACUGCUUCCGUCGUGGACAGCAAAGGAGGACAGAUUCAGUCUGUUGCCCAUCUCUUGUAUGAUAUAAAACCUGAAGAAUCUGGACGUUAUAUCGGCAGCACUCUAGACGGGCAGUUCUUCUACGGAUACAACGUGGACAUCCAGUCAUCCAGCGACGCUCAUAUCACCUUUGCAGACAAGCAUGCAAAUCCACAGCUGGAGCUGAAGAUGAAGGACUUCACGACUUUCACUGCUUUGUGGGAAUGGUCCAAGUGUGACCGUUGUGACGUGAGAGGAGAGCAGAGGAGAUUGGGAAUGUGCUACGUUGAAAGCCCAUACAUUUUCCCACGGUACCGGGUGACUAAGGCUGAUGUGACCCCGUGUGGCUCCGAAGCUGUCCCAGCAAGAUCCGAGCUCUACCUGGCAGACAGGAAAACAGAAAUAUUAAUUAGAAGCUGUGAGAUAAUAGGACUUACUGCACUGGGCUUUUUUCUACAUAAAAUUUUAUACAUAACAUUUUAA